CUGUCCGCGUUGGAGGGGCCGGGCCGCUGCCGUAGUCGCCGCGGCUGCCUCGUGACGUGGCACAGCCGAAGCUUUAACGCCGGAGCCGGAGCUGCCCCGCCAGUCGUGGAGCAGGUCCUCACCCCACUGUCCCGGAGCUUCUUCGGACACGCCGGCUAGCGAACCGUCCCCGCAGCCGUCUUUCUUCCUCAGCAGCUCUUUCCUCGCUGAGUUUUCUGGGAGCGUAUAAGGAGAAGGCCCGGGGACGCCCCAAACCCCUUUUGCUCGUGCCCAUUGCAAGUGCCACUACCGCCAUGGGCCUCACCAUCUCCUCCCUCUUCUCCCGCCUCUUCGGCAAGAAGCAGAUGCGCAUUUUGAUGGUUGGAUUGGAUGCUGCUGGCAAGACGACCAUUCUGUAUAAACUGAAGUUAGGGGAGAUAGUCACCACCAUUCCUACCAUUGGUUUUAAUGUGGAAACAGUAGAAUAUAAGAACAUUUGUUUCACAGUAUGGGAUGUUGGUGGUCAAGAUAAAAUUAGGCCUCUCUGGAGGCAUUACUUUCAGAAUACCCAGGGUCUUAUUUUUGUGGUAGAUAGCAAUGAUCGUGAAAGAAUUCAGGAAGGAGCAGAAGAGCUGCAGAAAAUGCUUCAGGAAGAUGAGUUGCGAGAUGCAGUGUUGCUGCUUUUUGCAAACAAACAGGACUUGCCGAAUGCUAUGGCCAUUAGUGAAAUGACAGAUAAAUUAGGUCUUCAGUCCCUUCGUAACAGAACAUGGUAUGUUCAAGCCACUUGUGCUACACAAGGAACCGGUCUGUAUGAGGGACUUGACUGGCUGUCAAAUGAGCUUUCAAAACGUUAAAUGAAGCUGGAUAUCUAACCAAGGACAUGUUUGAUAGAAUUGGUCUAGGCUUGUUACAACAAAAUUAGUUUGCAUCUUGGUUAUUAAACAGUAUCUGGGACUGGUUUGGGCAGAAUAUUACCGCGUUUAAACUUAUUUUGUUGCCAAUUAUCGUUUACCAAGUAUAAUGUUGCCAUUUAGCAAUAUGCUUGGUUUUAAAGAGAUUCUCCUUAACUUGGGGAAAAAAAAAAGUGUCCUCUUUUAAUUUUACUUCCCUUAAGCCUAAAUGCCUGGACUUAGCUAAUGUGACACCUUUAAAUAAAUCCAUUUUGAAUGUU